CCUAGAUCAGGCCAGCAUAGACCUGGAAAGCUGGGACAGAUGGCUCCAAUGCACUCCAGAUGAGUCCCAGAGCGAAGGCGAUCGACGCGGCGACUCUCCACAGACGACUGACUCAGAGUCUACAUCGGAAAUUGGGGACGAGCAGGACCCACCGGAGCCGCAAAUGGACAGUCUGAAGCGAUCUAUGAUGCAAGUCGUGUAAGCGGUGAACCUUGCGCUCCACUCGUUCAAUCGUCGCUGAUCAUCUCUCUGGCCGUGAUGUCUGGGGAAGAUUCAGAGGGACUGCAGCGCAGGAGCCCGACGUUGAGAUGCGAUCCGUGGACGCUAGCUCGAGCGCGGCGCCCGGCCCCGGUGCAACAGACACCGCACCGCCAGCCGUCAGCAGGGCCCCGUCGGCGACCGCGACGACGGCCGACGAAUCCCUGCAAGAGCAGGACGCGGCCCAGACCAGCGAGCAUUCGCAACCACUGGAUGCCACCGAACCGUGCGCAGACGACUCGGGUGCCGCACGCGGAGUAGCUGAGCACGGCGCGGACGAAGGUCAUCAGGGAGGACUCGUAGGCGCGGCCGAGCACGCAGAUGAACAUCAAGGCGGCGACGCUCGUCCGAGUGAGGAGGGACUAGCUGCACCGGGCGACACACCUACGCAACCGCCCGAGUCGCAUUUCGAGUCGGCCAACCAGAACGCAAACAACGGCUGAUGAGGAGAACGGAGGAUGGUGGUAUCGAUGUCACGGUGUACGUCGUACGUUACUGGAUAGACCACCACCGCCGAAUGCUGACGUUUACCGCAGGUGGACAGCAUGCGCUGACUGAUGACGAACCGUCACGGUGAUAGACGGAUCUUUCGGUGCACGAACAGCUUCUUGGAUCGCGACGGGCUGAUGUCUCGUAUGUUCCUCUUUCGUUACGGCUGUUCGUGAUGCUUGUGCCGGCUAUGGACUCGGAGGUCUUGAUUCAUAUGGCUUACUGAAUAUUCUACGGUACACUUGUGUUCGCCGACUGGAUUGCCUGGGGUUUGCACGAGCGGGGUGUUGCUGUCCAUUGUUUGUAUCGUGUUGCGUGCUCGGUACGAUUC